AUGGAAGCGGGGCAGCAAUAUGCGCGUCAGCCGCUGAGCGCAGGGCGAGACAUGGAAGAGGAGAUGCAGCGCGUGCUGCAAUUCCUGGAUACGUCAAUGAUCACGCCGCCGUCCGGCGGCGACCUCGUGACGCAGCAGACGUCAUCUCAGCGAUCAGAGCAGCCUACGCCAGAGCAUUUGCGAGAACUGGCGGAAUUGAACGAGAACGAAGGAACGGCAGCGUACAGUACGCUUGGUGAAGUGAUAGAUCUGUUGGGCUCACUAGACGCUAAUGACACGGACCCGAGUCUGCUACAGCAGCGACAACAGCAGCAACAGGACCCCUCGCUCUAUAACGGCAAUGCCGGCACUGGAAUGCCACGAUCGACACCACCUAGCGAUAAUAUUGCCGCCCAAACAGUGCAAUUGCCUCGCUCGACCUCUGUGAGUAGCAGUCACAGCGGCGUGGACAGUAUCUCACCUGUCGGUCUGCUCAGUGGUCCGUCCAUGUCGCCCGCCACGAUCAACUGGUUGCAGACACUCGUGCCGUCGACAAGUACCGAGAGCCUAACAGGCCUCAUCUCGCCUGCUACGCUUUACGGUGCCGGUGCAGAAGGAGCAAACCCCACGAAAAGCGACGAACUCCCACGGACGCCGUCAUGCGAGAUCAUCGACUGGAAGGCUUACAAUGAGUCAACGGAUAAAACCCAGAAAGGACCGUCCAAGUGGCGUGUUAUCCCUCAGCACGGACCGCAUGCCGACCCAGCACCAUCGUCCAGCUCUAGUAACGGCGUAAAUUCUAGACUCCCGCCUGGAGGUGCCGGUGCAGUGACUACUGGCACAGAGCUGAGCGCACAACAGCAAAUGUACCUAGCUGCUCGGAAGAUGACGGAGGAGAAGAACAAGCGGAAGGCACUCGUGUCACCCGAAUAUGUCCAGUACGCCAACCCCGUCUCAGCGGGCGUUCCAGCAGUCCCACGAGAUCCCUCAACUAGCAUUAAGACGGAGCGUGGGUCGGUCCAAUACGCGACAAAAGUCCCGGAACCAACUGGACGUCGCCCAUUUAAAAAGUCGCUGCACCACACAACAGCUCCUGGUGUCCAAGCAAACCAGCAGCAACAUAGUGACUCUACAUCUUCCUCAUCGUCUAAAUUAAACGGAAAAGACGAGGAUGUACGCUGCAAAUGCACGGGAAAAUGCCGGAAUGCUCGCUGUGCGUGUGUGAAGGCUGGACUGGUGUGUGGUGCUCAAUGCAAGUGCGUGAGCUGUGCAAACCCAUUCGUACCGAUGGCCCGCGAAGGUAUCGACAUCCAGCUGAUGGUGCGUGACGUCUGCUUGAUGCAAUAUCUGUCCAAGAUCAAGGACAUGCAAGAGCUGCUGGACUCGACGGUAAGCUACGAGUGCUGCGAAGGAGGCGGCGGCGUUGUGCAAGUUAAACACACAGUGGAGAACGGCUUCGCCUGUCCUCAUUGCCACGCGCACUUUACGUAUUCGUGGUGCAACAACCGACUGUGCCCCGACGCCAAGAAGCCGCGUCGUCAUUGCGCUAAGUGCCGUCGAUGUGGUGACCAUCGUAACCAGCACUGCGACUUGUGCAACCAUUGCUACUUUGCCGGCGUGGCCAACAGCUUCCGCUGCAGUUGCCAGUCUGGUGGUAGUGGCGGUGGUGCCAAGACAAGAACGGUAGUGCCCAAUCCAGUACGCCGAGAUCCCGAUCCUUCCAAGAAUGAAGACAUGGAUACACCGAACGGCCAACCACGCUUCGGAGCUAUUAACCCAGCAGUUGAGGGCUCUACACGCGACGAAAACGCUGAUGCCAACAGCAGUGCAAAGACAGAUGAAGAGGCCGACGACUCAUGCAAAAUGCAGUAA